GUUUCUGGCAUGUUUUUUACACAAAACAAUGCCGCCUCGCUGUUUUCGUGUUUGUUUUGCUUCAUUUUCUUGAUCUGUUUAACUAUGAUUUUGGGUAUUGCUUUGCUUUGUGUUCUUAUGAGUAAAUUAUGUUUAGAUUUACGGUAAAUGUUUUCAUUAUCUUUUGCCAGGGUUUUCAUAUGAAUGUAUAAUCAGUCGAAAGUUUCUAUUUUAAAAUAGGUGUUCCAGGAGUGGUUCAAAUGCAGAAAAAUUAAAAGCAAUUUUAAAUGAUGUUAAACUGAGAAUUGAAGAAUCUGGCGAUGCAGCGAGCCCCCGUCACCAGCUUUACUUUCUCAAAAGCAUUCAAGCAAUAUGGAAGCAACACUUAUUGGCGCUGUAAAGGACCACCCAUGCCUUUACGACAGAAGUGUCCACGUGCGUCAGCACAAGGACCGGCGGCAACCGUUGGGGCGGCGUGCCAAACCUCGCCCAGAAAGUGCAAGAAAAGGUGGUCGCAGCUGCGCCACCAAUUCAACAAGGAGGUGGACAGGGUGGACUCGAGGUGGCCGUGGAGGGAGAGUCUGCGGUUUUUGGAGGGGUUAGUGCACCGCAGGCAACGCGCGAGCACACCGGUGGAGGACGGCCAGGAGGAGCUGUCUGCAGCAUUUGCGGGGGUAAGCGUGGUGCCCCCCAGCAGCAGCCCAGAGGAUCCCACGGACGAGAUCCCCUCUGCGUCAUUUUUGGACGCGCAGAAGGCGCUUUUUUCUUCGGCCGGAGAACACAUAAAACACACUUUUGAAAAAUGUUUUGAUAUUUUUGAUGUCAAAUUUGUGAGAUCCUGAACCUUGAAUAUUUAAAGGAUUACUUUAAGAUGAAUGCAACUCAAGAAGAGUAUACCAACUACAUUA